AUGCCCUACAACAACACUCCGAUUGCGCCAAAUAAGGAAAUCACCGGCCAUGUGUCGCUUCCUCUCGCACGCGUGCAAAAGAUAAUCCAAGCGGACCCCGAACGCAUCACGACCUCCAAAAAUGCCGCCUUCGCCAUCGCACUGGCCACAGAAAUGUUCAUCCAGCACCUCGCAACCACCACACACAAUGUCGUCAAAGCGGAGCGUAAGCCGCGCCGCAACAUACAAUACCGCGACGUGAGCAGCGCGAUAUCUAAGACAGACAACCUCGAGUUCUUGGUUGAUGUUGCGCCCAGGACAAGUACAUGGGGCACUGUGAAGAAGAAGUUGGAUGAGAAGGAGAAGGAGGACGCGAAGAAGAAGGAGAAGGACGGGAAGAAGGAUGGCGCGGUCAACGGACAGAAGACGCUGGACGGUGCUUCCAAGACGGCAGAGGGUGCGGACAAGGACACAGAGACACCCACCAACGGCGCUUCGACAAUCUCGCCUACACCAGCCAUACCAGACGAGACGCCCGAUGCCAUGGAUGUCGACCAAGAGGUCGAGCGCGUGGAGGACAGCGAACCAGAAGAGGACGCAGCGGCGAUGCAGAUCGAGAUGGAGAUGCGCGGGCCCCCUCGCCAACCCACUGCGAGUGCAAGCAAGAGCCCAGAGGCUAGGCGGUCAACAGGUGGAUUUACUGCGAUCAAUGGUCAAAAGUGA